AUGUCGAAUGUCACGGAUAUGUCAGCACAUGGUGAGCAAGGUUUUCUGCUUCCGUCUGAAAACCCAAGCUCUCAACGUGAAGAAAUCGAGGCCACAGAAGAGUUGAUAAGGAAACUUCGUGAAUCUGCGGAAAGGCUGUCAGUAAUCAAUUCCGGACGGCAUGCUGUGUUCAAUAUAAUGAAAACGAUCACUCAAACACGCGACUCAUUCAUCAAGAACUAUGGUGUCAUGCUGUCUAAUGGCUACGUUCCUCCAGUAGAAGAACUUGCUUCUGUUAAUCUUCUCAACGCAGGACUCGACGUAUAUCUCAAUUUCUACAAAAUGGCUAAGAUGAGGGAUCUGAUGUUCGUCCGCUCUAUAAUGGAAAUGGAAAUUCCUGUGAGUUAA